AGUUCAGUCCUGCUUCUCCGCAGGACCAUGGCCAACAACGAGCGCACCUUCAUUGCCAUCAAGCCCGACGGGGUCCAGCGGGGGCUGGUGGGCGAGAUCAUCAAGCGUUUUGAACAGAAGGGAUUCCGCCUCGUGAGUCUGAAGUUAAUGCAGGCUUCUGAAGACCUCCUGAGGGAGCACUACAUUGACCUGAAGGACCGUCCGUUCUUCCCCGGCCUGGUGAAAUACAUGCAUUCGGGCCCCGUGGUGGCCAUGGUCUGGGAGGGGCUGAACGUGGUGAAGACAGGCCGAGUGAUGCUCGGGGAGACCAACCCUGCCGACUCCAAGCCGGGCACCAUCCGCGGGGACUUGUGCAUCCAGGUUGGCAGGAACAUCAUCCACGGCAGCGACUCUGUGGAGAGUGCCGAGAAGGAGAUCAGCCUGUGGUUUCAACCCGAGGAACUGGUGGAUUACAAGAGCUGUGCUCACGACUGGAUCUACGAGUGACAGGAAGUGAAUGCUUCCCCCAGCCCCUUCCCCUCCUUCCUGUGGGCAGAGGACCAGCCUGCAACAAGCUUAGUUAUUUCCAGAAUUUCUUUACAAUCUGGAGGGAAACUCUUGGAGCCGUGAGUGCUCCCUGUACAGUGUUAUAUGCUCCCAUCAGAUUAAAACUCUCAUCUCAAUUUUUGUGCUCCUAUAGGAUUGAAAGUCUCAUCUCAAAGUAGGA